UUGUCUGUACAUAGAGUUAGAGAUAGUGAUAAUGAUGAUACAAAUACAGUUUCAACCAUCAUUGUUCCACAUUCGCAAUUUUAUCGUUUUUGCUCAGCCUUGGCACGAAAAACUGUGUUAAAACAAAGCGACAGCGAAGUAACACGAGAUUCUAAUGGUAAUACAGUUAGUUCAGUACAAAGUAGUUCUAUGGAUGAAAGGAGAAGCAGUAACGCUGAUAAAACUUUACAUAAAUCAAAUUCAUGUGGCGAUUUGCCCAGUUGUUCUGGCGAAAUAACAUCAGAAGCUAAAACAAAAACGGAUAACACUUCUGAAAUUGUAUCAGCCGGUGUCUCAAAAAAAAGUAAUAGCACAUCGAUAUCAACAAUUCUAAAAGCUCGUCUUAUUCGACGUGGUGUCAGUAAUCGCAAGCUGAAUGCAAAACGGAAGUCAUCAAAAAUGCAACGAAAAGAACGGCGAGCUACCAAAACUUUAGGUGUUGUUGUCGGUGUCUUUUUGCUAUGUUGGGUACCAUUUUUCACGAUGAAUAUACUGAACGCAGUUUGUAUCUUAUUGAAGGUUGAUGCUUGCGUAGUUAAUUUUGAUGUUUUUUUUUAUUGCACAUGGAUCGGGUAUAUGAACUCAUUUAUGAAUCCAAUUAUAUAUACCAUUUUUAAUGCAGAAUUUCGACGAGCAUUUAAAUUAAUGACUGAUUUACACAUAUUUGUAUCAUUGGAAACAGACUGAUU